AUGGUGGUUAAAAAAUGUUAUAAGUGCAAGAAAAAUAUAACAAAAAAGUCGCCGGGAAUUGACUGCAGUAGAUGCAAUCGCAUUGUCCAUGCUGAUCCUGUUUGUGCGAAGCUAUCUAACAAGCAGCUUAACGCCCUUCGAAACUCAUCAAGCAUCGAAUGGAGCUGUGAUGAAUGCCAGAAGAAUGUGUCGCGCAGAUCAUCCUUCAUCACUCCCAAUGAUGACUCUGAUGACGAGGAUGACGAAGAAUCGGAACCGAAGGAGCAAGUUAAUAUAUCAAACCUGAAUGUGAAACAACUUGUUGCUGACAUAAGCAGAGAGCUUAAGAAAACUUUUAAAGAAGAGAUGGGUCACAUCGAGUCCUCUCUAAACUACUUGUCGGACCAGAUGACGUCAAUGGAACAGUCAAUAAAGACCCAGAAAGAAGCUAUUACAAAACUUGAGAACAAAAAUUACGAUCUCCUAAACAAAAACAAAAAUUUAGAACUGAGGGUUUGUGCUAUGGAGCAGCAACUGAGGUCAUUGGAGCAAGGAAAACUUGGUGAUACGCUGGAGGUGGCAGGUCUCCCGGAUACUACGCCAGGACAGUUGAAAAACGUUUUGGAAGUGUUAACAGGCAAGCUUGAGGUUGAUAAUGCUGAUAUUAAGUCAACCCAGUGGUCAAAAGGAACUAAUGAAAGACCUGGACUACUACUAAUAAAAUUGAACUCCAGAACUAUGCAGCAUCAAUGGAUCACCGCAAGUAAAGCUAAGUGUAUAACAUUAGGUCAAAUAUUACCAGAGGCCCCAAAAGAGAUCAUCAAUAAUAGGAUCUAUGUGAGAGAAGCCUUGACAAAACACAUUAAAACUAUUUUAUACAAAACUAAAUCCAGACUCAACAUGUCAUAUAAGUUUAUAUGGUGUAAAGAUGGCAAGGUCUUUGUGAGAAAAACCGAGGAGAGUAAAAUUCAUCAGGUUAGAUCUCUAGAGGACAUCCUUAGACUAGAAAAAACACCUGUCUUUUCUACACCUAUAUAA